AUUUCACAUUCUGAAAAUUGAGCUUACAUUAUUUUAUAGCCAUCUUCCACUUUAAAUAUUAUCCUCUUCUUUCUGCAUCCAAUUCAUUCAGAUUCAACAACAACCAUGGGUAUGGCAGAUGCAAAAGAAAGAUAUGCUGUUGUGACAGGUGCAAACAAAGGGAUAGGAUUGGAGACUGUGAAAGGGUUGGCCUCAAAUGGAAUCAAGGUGGUGCUCACAGCCAGGGAUGUUAAGAGGGGUUAUCAAGCUGUUGAGGAAUUGAAGAAAGAAUUUGGCUUUUCUGGCCUUGUGCUGUUUCACCAACUUGAUGUCACUGACCCUGCUAGUAUUGCAUCUCUGGUUGAGUUUGUGAAGAACCAGUUUGGGAGACUUGAUAUAUUGGUGAACAAUGCAGGAAUCAAUGGUUUCAACACAGAUGGCAUGGUGCCAUCAAAAAUUAACUGGAAGGAGCUACCUCAAACUUGUGAGAUGGCUAAAAAAUGCCUCAGAACAAACUACUAUGGAGCUAAGGAAACAACUGAGGCAUUUCUUCCCCUUCUUCAGUUGUCCAAUUUACCCAUGAUUGUUAAUGUUUCCUCUGAAGCAGGACUUUUAAAGUACAUAUCAAAUGGAUGGGCAAGGAGGGUGCUUGAUGACACAGAAAAUCUGAGUGAAGAGCUAAUAGAUGAGGUGCUGAGGGAGUACAUGAAAGACUUGAAAGAAGGUUCUCUAGAAAACAAAGGGUGGCCAACCUACUUGUCUGCAUAUAUGGUCUCAAAAGCAGCAAUGAAUUCAUACACAAGGCUUUUAGCCUAUAGACACAAAAAAUUAUGCAUCAAUUGUGUCUGUCCUGGUUUUGUUAAGACAGACAUUAACAAAAACACUGGAAUCUUAUCUGUUGAAAAUGGUGCUGCUAGUGUUGUCAGAUUAGCACUCUUGCCUAAUGGAUCUCCUUCUGGGCACUUCUUUACCAGACAAGAAGUGUCAAGCUUUUGACACAUUUUAAGGUCUUGAUUGGAUAAUUUUUUUCAUAAAUACUUCCAAAGAAAAAAGUGAAAAAAGGUUUCUGCUAUAUAUCAAUAUCAGUUUAUGAAAAGAAACUUGAUUGUUUUACUUUUCUUCUUUUGCAAAAGUAUUUGUAAAGAAUUUAUCCAAACAGGACCUGUUGCUUACAACUUGCAGAUGGAACGAGAAAAAUUUUGAUGGAGUGGAUGAAAGUUUUAGCGUUGUGGUCUUGUGUGUUACAUAAUGGCAUGUGGGGAAAUGCAUCUGAGUUACUUUGGUUCUUUUAUCUUCUCACAUUGUUGGCUCUUGAAAUGGUCAAAGUUCAAGUUGCAAUGAUUUUUGGACUGAUAGAAACUUUCGGCAGAGGAAAUUAUGAAGAAUGGGUCAUUGUUAUGUUUGUCCCUGUCAUCUUAGGUGUGGAUCAGAGUGGUCUUUGACUUCAAACUUUCAACACACGUGCAAUGCUAAAGCACUGCUCAUCGCAAAGCAGCAAUAAUGGAUGUCGAGAUUUCAGAAAAAGACGACAAUUGUAACAAGACAUACCAUGAUUCGUGUCCAUCCAUCUCCUGUAACAUAAUAUUAUCAUCGUCAUAUAAAAUAUGAACUUAACAUCAA